AUGGCACACAAACACAAUCGCAGACGAGUCCGCCCACGUGGCCGCAAUCGCAAUGCUUUGAGCUUGAACUUCGACAUAUCAGAUAACCUCAUGACUUCAUUCGAUUCAUCCACCCCCUUUCCUUCUUCUACCUCAGAGAUCAGUCGCAAACAAACCCCCGGACCUCCGAUACCCCAUAGUCUAAACAACGGCCUUGCCUCCCGACACUGGCACAACCGAUACAUAGCCUGGCACAACCGCGAAAUGGCCCAGAAGCGGGAAGCCGUCAAGAUUGAAGCGGAGCAGAUCAAAUUAUUUGGUGGUGAACCCGGUGAUGAUGUCGGACUAUGCUACAAGAUGAUGGAAGUGUUUGAAGGGAUGAAUUGGAUUGAUACUCUGGACUAG